AUGUUCGGCCUCCGCCAGACUGUUCUCCUUGCCGUGGCCCUUUGCUGCGGCAGCCCGAGCGCUGCACUUGGUCCGGUCCAGCCGACCAAGGACUCCUUCUACACGCCCCCGGAGGGAUACGAGUGCGCGCUGCCGGGAACCAUACUCCGGAACCGAACGGUGCCCUCCUCGCUGGCCGUGUCCGGCGUGUCCGCGGCCUAUCAGCUGCUCUACCGCACGACGGACUCGUUUGGCGAGCCGCUGGCGACGGUCACUACAAUCCUCGUCCCGCGCAACAACGCGGACCCCACCAAGCUCCUGUCGUACCAGUUCGCCGAGGACGCCGCGUACCUCAACUGCGCCCCGUCCUACGUCAUGCAGUACUUCGCCGACUCGGGAGGCCCCUUUGGCACCCUCGUCAGCAAUCUGGAGCUGGGCCACCUCGGCGACGCGCUGAAGAAGGGCUGGUACGUGGCAGUGCCCGACUUUCUCGGACCCAAGUCGGCGUUCCUGGCCAAUACCCUGGCCGGCCACGCCGUCCUGGACGGGAUCCGGGCCGCGUUGCAAGCCGACGCGGUCAAGCUGUCCAAGGACGCGCGCGUCGCCCUCUGGGGCUACUCUGGCGGCAGCUUGGCAUCUGAGUUUGCCGCGGAGCUGCACCCGACGUAUGCGCCGGAGCUCAAGAUUGUGGGAGCCGCCCUGGGCGGGACGGUCCCGAGCAUCCUCAGCGUAUUCUACACCAUCAACAAGACCAUCUUUGCCGGGCUGAUCGCGACGGGCAUCGUGGGGCUCGCCGUCGAGUAUCCCGAGGUCGCGUCCCUCGUCGCGAGCCAAAUCAUCCCGGCCAAGGUCGACGUCAUCACCAAGAUCAGCUCGCAGUGUCUCGGCGCCAACGUGCUCACCUUUGCCAACCAGGAUCUCUUCUCCUACACCAAGGACCCCGACGUCUUCAACAGCGCACUCGUCAAGACGGUGACGGACGCCAACAACCCCGGCCACGCCACCCCCUCGACGCCCAUCUAUAUAUACAAGGGCGCAAAGGACCAGAUCAGCCCUGUGGCCGACACGGACCGGCUGGUCGACACGUACUGCGCCGCAGGGGCCACGGUGCAGUACCAGAGACUGCCCGACGCGGACCAUGUCGGUCUGAUGUUUUCGGGGGCCGCGGGCGCGCUGAGUUGGCUCAGUGAUCGGCUAGGCAAUGUUCCCGCUAAGCAGGGCUGUGUUCGGUCAACCGGGCCUUGA